UACUUGUCAGUCAUUUUGAAACUCCACUCUUGUUCCCACCAACUUUCUUCAGGGUUUCUCAAGUGGCUUUAAAAUAGUGACACAUUUUAAGAAAGUUGUUGGUGGACAGACUUGUGUUACCACUGCUCCAAUGUAAUCCUAAUAAUAUUUUGUGCUACAGUGUAAAGUAAAUUGAACUUUGGACCAAGGAUAAAGAACCUAGUGAACAAGGUGAUAACAUCAUCGCGUGUCGAACAGUUCCUCUCAACGUGAUCAUCUGGAUUUGCGAAAGCCUAGGAACGAGGCAACACCGUCACGCAACCUCAAUGGUGACAGAGUUAAAUUCGCUUUUCCCUCUCGGUGACUGAUCGUGGUCCCAACUGUGCACAGUGGAAUGCUUCCCACGAGGACCGGACGGCUUUUUUUACCGACCAUCCAACUUAUUCUCAAAUCGUCCUUGGAUCGGCGUAUUUUGCCGCGGUUUGCAGCGAUACAAUAUGGCGGACACUUACCGGAGACUUCAUGGUCAAACUCCUGCACUAUUCGUUUGCUAUGUACCACUGAUGUCUUAAGGCAGAAGGAUUUAAAACAUUUCAAAGAAGGAACCCAGAAAAAAGACAACUUACAUGAUGAUCAUACAAAGGGCAACGAGAUCUACAGAAUGCCACAUCCUAUUUGGUCAGAGGAAGAAGUUAAUACUGUAGAGAUUACUCAUCAAGAGGCAAAGACAAAAGUUGACAAGCUUGCCUAUUACUGUGUGCAGUUCUUGAGGGUAUCAUUUGAUAUUGUUUCUUUGUAUAAAGUUGGAAAGAUGACAGAGAACAAGUGGUUAAAUCGUAUCAUCAUGUUGGAGACAGUAGCCGGGGUGCCUGGAAUGAUUGCAGCGAUGGCUCGUCAUUUUGACUCACUGAGGAAACUUACCAGGGAUCAUGGAUGGAUUCAUACAUUGUUAGAGGAAGCAGAGAAUGAGAGAAUGCAUUUAAUGACAGCAUUGGAACUAAAACAACCAGGGGCUUUAUUCCGGGGCAUUAUAUUGCUUGCACAAGGUGUCUUUGUCAAUUGCUUCUUUCUGGCAUAUAUUUUAAGCCCCAGGUUUUGUCACAGAUUUGUGGGAUAUUUAGAAGAGGAGGCAGUCAAGACUUACACCUACUGUUUAAAGGUAAUUUCAAAUUUCACCAACUUAAAAACCUUUCAGCAUUGUUUUGUUUACUUACUAAGUCACAAUUCCUUGUAAGAUUUCAGGAUCUUUUCUUUAAAAUUAAUGCACACUGUGAACAUUGUUGAAAUAUCUUUUACUGUAUUUUUGUGUGUAUUCUCUAGUUCAAGGGGCUAAUGGUUUGACUAUAUCACUUUUUUAGUGAGAUUUUCCAUGAUGCAACGUCUUAUUUUUCCUUUGCUUUCGAGAUUUUAAAAAAAAGUUAGAAAGGUUUUAUUAGGUAGCAUGUUCCUAGACCCAUCAUGGAAGCUUCAGAAUUGUCUGUUGUCUCAUAGAAAAUAUGGUAAUUGCAGAAGCUCUUUAAGAGACACGUCCUUCAUACUUCCUGGAGUUUCUCUGUUAUUUGUAUUUGUAAGAUUAUAUGCUGUGGCAACUGAGGAUAAGCCUGGAUAGAAUCCUUGUUGUAAUAGAGCAAGUUACUCAUGGGCAGUAAUUUAAGGUUUCUCACUCAAAACACAGAAUUGAAAAAUAUACACUUCACUCAUUUAAUUUAGUAAGACUGUUCAAAUUACAAUAGUUUUGUCAAAUAUGAUGCUGUUAAAAGCAACUGGCUGCAAGGUGACUAAAUCGGAAAAAAAAAGGUGCAAAAGCAACGCAAAGAUCAAGUUUCUAAUCUUCAUGUUUAACUGGCUGAUAAAAUAUGUUUUCCGAAAGUAAAAGGAAAAUUAAAAAAACUGCAACUAGAUAAAAUCUAAGCCGUCAGGGCUUCAUCAGUGUUGCUUGGUCUACUUUAGAAGUGCCAGGCCUCAGGCAGAGCUAACGGUCAUCAAGAACACACUGAAGGAAACUGAUGAACCAGCGUUGCUGCAGUCGCUGUCACAGCAACCCACUGCGCAUUCUCCGUCUCUGUUGUUGUCUCAUUCUUUUUUGGCAGUUUCACAGCCGGCCUCAUUCCCACAUGGCUCGGCCACUAAGGUUUUGUCAUCAUUUUUGCCCCAGACUCUGAUACAUUUACCAGUUAGACAGCUGGCCGAGUAUUUGGUCUUGUCAGCUUCCAGUUUAUCCUUCUUACAGUCUUCUUCUGUUCCUAAGUACUAAUAGCACUUGAUAGUACUUAAUAGCACUAUGAACUGUAGUGGAAUAAAUCAUACAUGCAAUGUGUGUAAGUUCCCUCGAAAUAAAGAGGCACCGUUUGAUGCGCUAAAAAGUCGGGAAUAAAAAGACAACUGCAGCUUCGUUGAUUAUGUGGUAAACCGAUUAUGUGAUCAACUCCCGCUCUCCCAUUUUACAAACAAUAUCCUUUGAUUAUUUUUUUGAUAUAAAAAAAAUAAACACAGUCCACAUCACGAAACGUUACUUUGGGUGCAAAUUUCUUCUGAAUUUUAUCUGUCAGGAGACAUCUGCGUCAAAAACGAUUCGAGAAAGUCAAAAAUUGCCAGCUGGAUCAUAGUUAGUAGAGGGGGGACUCUACUAACUAUGACUGGAUAGAUCAUGGCGUGCCGGUCCUUCCAACACCUUUUAUUUACACAAUCAACCGAACCAACUACAGUACAGCUUGUCGUACGAAACUCGUUAUCGCACACAAGAAAAUCAAAACAUCAAAAAGCCCACUGCAGAUUCACAACUAAGAAAACAAAACACUACCUUACUAAAAUGAUUUUAAGCCAACAAUUUGCGUAAUUGAAACGCGUAUGAUUGACAAUUACCCGUUCACUUCACAGUUGUUGAAAGUUUCUCCGAAUGACUGCAGUUUCCCAGUAAAAAGGGGGUGGAACUCCACCAAUAAAACUGUGACAAGACACAGACGAUAAGGUUGACCAUAGGAUACAAGGUGCAGGAAAAUAAAGCAAAUGAAGGAGUCUUCUUCGGAAUCUUAGUUUUUAAGUGUUUCGAAAGAAGUGAUAUUCAAAUCAUACUUGUAACGACCUUCCCGUCUAAGAGUAGCCAUGUACAGAACAAACUCAUACCUACCGACCGAUCGACCUUACGCUUUGUGUCCUGACUUUUCUGAACCUUAUUUGGAAGGAU